UUCAACAAAUUCAAAGAUGAAGAAGGAAAUUUUAGUGAAAGACUACUUAUAGGAAAUGUUGAAGGGAUGUUAAGCUUGUAUGAAGCCACACAUCUUAUGGUUCAUGGAGAGGACAUUUUGGAAGAAGCCUUGUCCUUCACUACCACUCAUCUUGAGUCCGUUGCCAAACUGAGUCAUUCUCUUGCAAUACAAGUCAAACGUAGCUUAAGGCAAACUGUUCACAAGAAUAUGCCAAGGCUGGAGGCACGGAGUUAUAGUUCCAUAUAUGAGCAAGAUCCUUCACACAAUGAAAAUUUGCUCAUCUUGGCAAAAUUAGAUUUUAAUAUGCUCCAACGACUACACCAAAUUGAAUUUGGCAACGUUUCCAAAUGGUGGAAAGACUUGGACGUGUGUAAUAAACUACCGUUUGUACGAGAUAGGAUUGUUGAAUGUUGUGUUUGGGGUUUGGCGGUAUAUUUUGAACCUCAAUAUUCUAGUGGAAGAGUUCUUAUGGCAAAAUUAAUCAUGAUAAUGACAGCAAUUGAUGAUGCAUAUGAUGCAUAUGGAACAAUCGAUGAAUUAGAACUUUUUACUGAGGCAAUUGAAAGGUGGGACAUGAGUUGUUUAGAUAAACUUCCAGAUUAUAUGCAGAUUCUUUAUAAGAUAUUCUUUGAUUUUUACGAAGGAAUUGAGCAACAAAUGAAAAAUGAUGGAAGAUUAUAUGUCGUGAAAUACUACAAGAAAGAAUUCAAAAAAUUCAUUCAAGGUUAUAUAACUGAAGCCAGAUGGUUAAACAAAAAAUACCAACCAACUUUGGAAGAAUACUUUCGAUUAGCAAUCGAGUCUGGUGGCUAUGUACUGAUGACAACGACUUGUUACAUUGGUAUGGGAGACAUAGCAACAGAGGACAUCUUCAAAUGGAUUUCAAAUGAGCCAAAAAUUGAUAAUGCGGCUAUGGUCUUGGCAAGAAUAAUGGAUGACAUUGCUUCGAACGAGUUUGAACAUGAAAGAGAUCACAUUCCCUCGUUUUUGGAAUGCUAUAUGAAGCAAUACAAUGUCUCUAGGGAAACUGCCCUUCAAGAAGGUCAAAGGAGAAUUUAUGAUGCUUGGAAAGAUAUUAAUAACGAAUGUGUUAGGCCAACUCAAGUUCCAAUGCCUAUUCUGACGCGUAUUAUAAAUCUCUCACGUUUUAUGGAUGUGGUUUAUAAAGAUAAAGACAACUUCACGGAUCCUAAAGGAGAAAUGAAAUCAUUCAUUAAAGCUAUGCUCGUAGAACCAGUACCAAUUUGAACAUCAUUGAGUUUACCGUUUCAAAUCGUUAUAUUUCUAUUUAAAUAAAGAAAACAUGACAUGUAUGGUCUUUUUUUUUUCUUUUGAAAAUUUGUGUUCAAUGUAUAAGCGUGUUAUUUAUUUAUUUG